GAAUCAAACACCUCGAUGGCGCAUGGGCAGGUUAUCGGAAGUAAACAAAGUCAGCCGUCAGACAAACGAAAUGCACGUGUAUUCAACUAUAUAGAACUAAAGAAGAUUAACUGAGUAUGUCAUCGUUUGCACCAAAGUUCUGGAAGCCGGGAAGUGAUGCUCCUGGUCAGGCAAUUAAGGAAGAGAGAACAACUACAACAGAGGAAGGGGGAACAACUGUAGUGUACAACCAGAACGUCUCUCUGUCAAUAGAGCAACAGAGGCAGAAGCUUCCAGUGUUUAAGUUGAGGAACCAUAUCCUUUAUUUGGUGGAAAAUUACCAGACAGUGGUCAUUGUUGGAGAAACGGGCUGUGGAAAAUCCACCCAGAUACCUCAAUAUUUGCUGGAGGCUGGAUGGGGAGCAGAAGGUCAUGUGAUAGGAGUCACUCAACCAAGACGAGUGGCAGCAGUCACAGUUGCAACAAGAGUGGCUGAGGAGAGGGGGGCUCUAUUGGGGGAUGAAGUGGGGUACACCAUCAGAUUUGAUGACACCUCAGAUCCAACUCGUACCCGUGUCAAAUUUUUAACAGACGGGAUGAUGAUUAGAGAAAUAAUGGAGGACCCCUUGUUGAAGAAAUACAGUGUUGUGAUGUUGGAUGAGGCUCAUGAAAGGACACUCAACACAGAUUUGAUCAUGGGACUUCUUCGAAAGAUUCAGAAGAAAAGAGAGGACCUCCGGCUGAUUGUUACAUCAGCAACAUUGAAUGCUGAGGAGAUGAAAGAUUUUUUCAAUACCAGCUCAUCUGAAAACACAAAUAAAGACACUGCUGCUAUUCUGAGUGUGGAGGGCAGAAACUUUCCUGUAGAUAUCCAUUAUACCAUUGAUCCUGUACCUGACUACUUGAAAGCGACAGUGGACACCAUAACUAGAAUUCAUCACCAAGAGAAAGAGGGAGACAUUCUAGCAUUUCUAACAGGACAGGAUGAAGUGGAAACAGUCACACGGCAAUUGAUAGAUGUAGCCAAAGAAUGUAUCAGGACACAAGCUGCAAUGAAGAUGAAAGUUUUACCCAUGUAUGGUAGUCUACCAGCAUCAGAGCAGAUGAAAGUGUUUGAAAGAUGUGGCAGAACGACAAGGAAAAUAGUGGUGGCUACAAACAUAGCAGAGACCUCCAUUACCAUCCCAGGCAUUGUGUACAUUGUAGAUUGUGGAUUUGUGAAAUUAAAGGCAUAUAAUCCAAAGUCGGGUGUUGAAUCUUUGGUGACCAUUCCUGUGUCCAAGUCGUCAGCUGAGCAGAGGGCAGGGAGAGCAGGCAGGGUGAGGGCAGGGAAGGCUUACCGCCUCUACACAGAGGAAGGUUACGACGGACUUGAAUCAUCCACUGUGCCAGAAAUGCAGCGAUCAGACCUAGCACCUGUGAUACUCCAGAUGAAGGCCCUAGGGGUGUCCAACAUUGUCCGAUUUAACUUCUUAUCGCCUCCUCCAGCUCAGAACAUGAUCAGAGGUCUAGAAUUGCUGUAUGCCCUGCAAGCAUUAGAUGACAAUGGUAACCUAACAUCUCCACUUGGACUUCAGAUGGCAGAAUUUCCUUUGACACCAAUGUUCUCAAAGAUGUUAUUGGCCUCAGGCGAAUUUCAGUGUUCAGAGGAGGCAGUGAUCAUAGCAGCCAUGACACAGAUCCAGAAUGUGUUUAUAACUCCAAUGGGCGAGAAGUCUGCAGCUAAUCGUGCCAAGAGAAAUUUUGCAGUGGAGGAAGGUGACCAUGUUAGUUUACUAAAUGUGUUCAGAGCUUUCAUCAAGUAUAAGAAGAAUUCCAAGUGGUGCAAACAGAAUUUCCUGAACUAUAAAGGGCUUUGUCGUGCUGUUGAAAUCCAACAUCAACUGCAACGCUUGCUGAAGAAGUUCAAGGUGCCACUGGUAUCCUGUCAGGAGGAUGUGUGCCUAAUCAGACGCUGUAUAACCUCGGGCUUUUUUGCCAACGCUGCGUAUCUACACUACACGGGGGUGUAUAGGACAGUAAGAGAUGACCACGAACUUCACAUCCACCCAACAUCUGUACUCACAUUCACUGACCCACCCAAAUGGGUGGUGUUUAAUGAUAUUGUCCAGACAAAUAAGGAUUACAUGAGGGACAUCUCGGUGAUUGAACCAGACUGGUUGUGUGAGCUUGCUCCCCAUUUCUACCAGUUUGGAACCGAAAGAGAAAUAGCUUACAAACGUGCCAAAAGAGAUGAGCAAGGAAGAUGAGGGGAUGAUGGGAGAAACCAUUGACGCUUUAUGGUGUGAAUUCCGGUUUGUGUGUGAAGGUGUGAACUACCUUAAGCAUUGACAUGUGACCAAGUUAGCCAUUAUCCACAGCUGGCCAGCGGGACACAGUAAAUUGUCUCAUCACUGUGGGAAAAGUCAGAAAUGGGGUGCUAAUGCUGCCUGUCAUUAUAGAAUCUGCAGUACUUAUUUUCUUAUCAAAAAAAUCAUGACACGUAUUGUCUAAUUGUUAAUCCAUUUGAUGGUGACCUCAUUUAUUGGAUUUUAUAACACAUUAAAAAUCAAGUAUUGAAUUUAAGUUUAAUUAAGUCAAUAUUUUUAUGUGUCCAGUAGUUUCAUAUCUGUAUAUUAUUGUUCAGAUAGAUAUAUAUUAGUAUGAAAGAUAAAGGACUUGUACAAAGCCCAGUGAAAGUUAUUGAAUGAAGUUAGUGUCAUGUAAACUAGCUGUGUCAUACAGUGUAUUUAUUUUCAAGGUUUUUCUUAUGAAAAUGCAUUUUUAUGGCACAAUAUUAUGGCACAUUAUUAAACAAAAAACCAAAGGUUUAAUACCAGAUGUACUAAAGACAACACAUAUGUAUUAUUUUGUCACAAUUUUGACAUAUUCUACCAUAGAUGUUUAGAUAAUUAUAGAAUUCAGGAAGAAGAAAUGGAUAGAAAUGUAACCUAUAGAUAUAUAUGCACUGAGACAGUGUACCAAUAUGUGGGAAUUUUAUUGUAAAAAUGCCUGUCAUGCAGUGCAGUGUGAAUACCACAGACAAUGUAUGAUGUUCCCUGUGGGAGAUUUAUAGUCAUUUAGUUUUACUUCAAAUGAAGUAUGUGUUUUUGUAUCCCACUCCCACUGCCUUCACCAAGUCAUAAUUUGAAGUGUCUGUAUAAACCUGGUAUUAUACAUGUGUGAGAAAUAUUUACGAGAUAAGCUUGUGAAUAUUUAUCAUCAUAAACCAGUUUGGCAUGUUUAUACAUGUAGUUGAAAAUAUAUACUGUAAACCAACUUUAAUUCACACGCAAGAAAUUUUCGCGAGAGCCUUGUUGUGGCGGAUAUUCCUUGCUGUGAAUUGAUUCCCAACUGCCACUGAUAUGUUAUUCUCCAAAUAAUCUACCCAUCUUAAUAGCAAAAAUUAGUCAUCGCGAUCCAGUAUAUCUCCAGAAAAGUCGCCACAGAUAAAAAAUGGUAUACGGUAAUGUGACUGUAUAGUUGCUAUGGUACUUUCUCAUGUAUGUUUUUUUAUUGUGGAUUUAUUUCAACUGGCCAAAAAAUAAUGUGACCUAUAAUACUUGGUUUACAGUAAUCUGAGAUCAGUUUGAUCUUGAGGAUGUGUAUUUUGUAUUUUAAUUGACAACACCAAUGUAGAAGCAAUUAUUCAUAUUUAUAUUUAAUAAAAAUUGAAACUUCUGAAUACAAUGCAAUGAAAAAAUGUACAAUGAAGGAA